GGGGAUUGGAACACCCGAAUCACAUGAUAUGGAGGGGAUUGGAACACCCGAAUCACAUGAUAUGGAGGGGAUUGGAACACCUGAAUCACAUGAUUGAGAGGGGAUUGGAACACCUGAAUCUGAAUCACAUGAUACGGAGGGGAUUGGAACACCUGAAUCACAUGAUACGGAGGGGAUUGGGAACACCUGAAUCACAUGAUACGGAGGGGAUUGGGACACCUGAAUCACAUGAUACGGAGGGGAUUGGGACACCUGAAUCACAUGAUACGGAGGGGAUUGGAACACCUGAAUCACAUGAUACGGAGGGGAUUGGAACACCUGAAUCACAUGAUACGGAGGGGAUUGGAACACCUGAAUCACAUGAUAUGGAGGGGAUUGGAACACUUGAAUCACAUGAUACGGAG